GCUCCGUCACUUGCAAUCUCGGAUGUUAGCGUGACGCCCUUGCUGAUUGGCUGGCCUUCCUCUUUGCCGACGGAGGACCCGCCGCCUCCGGGCCAAGUGGACUGUCGCUGGUGCUCCGUUGGUGUUGGGCGAGGCGGCAGCCAUGGGUUCCCGGGCGUCCACGCUGCUUAGAGACGAGGAGAUCGACGAGAUCAAGAAAGAGACGGGCUUUUCUCACAGUCAGAUCACUCGUCUGUACAGCCGAUUUACCAGCCUGGACAAAGGAGAAAAUGGCACUCUUAGCCGUGAAGAUUUCCAACGCAUUCCAGAACUUGCCAUCAACCCACUAGGAGACCGGAUUAUCAAUGCCUUUUUUCCAGAAGGAGAAGACCAAGUGAAUUUCCGUGGAUUCAUGAGGACUUUGGCCCACUUCCGACCAAUUGAAGAUAAUGAGAAAAGCAAAGACCAGAAUGGUCCAGAGCCACUUAAUAGCAGAAGCAACAAGUUGCAUUUCGCUUUUCGGCUGUAUGACCUGGAUAAAGAUGACAAGAUUUCUCGAGAUGAGCUGCUCCAGGUGUUGCGGAUGAUGGUUGGUGUAAACAUCUCUGAUGAGCAGCUGGGCAGCAUUGCUGACAGAACAAUCCAGGAGGCUGAUCAAGAUGGUGAUAGUGCAAUCUCCUUUGCAGAAUUUGUUAAGGUUUUGGAGAAAGUGGAUGUAGAACAGAAAAUGAGCAUUCGAUUUCUUCACUGAUGAAUCAAGGCCCAUUCCUUGUCAUCCUAAUAUUUAAGGAAUAUAGUUUGUUUUACUGUCCUUUCUCCUGAGCAUUGCUACUGGUGCAUGUGAGGUACAUCUCCAAACCCUUCCCAGUUUGUUCCAUCAACGUGAACAUUCCUUCUGCAUCAGAACAAAAAGAACGUGGCUGCAGUGCAGCUUGGAAUGGAGCAUUGAAAUGGCCUUUACUUCACUGUUUUCUUUGCAUUGCUUUUUGAUUAUAAAUGAUUUUCCUAUGUACUGUAGUCUUCUACCAUCUUAUGAACUCUGAUUUAGAAAGGAGGGCAAAUUCCAUUGAAAAGCUGGCUGAAGUCAUGUUCAACAAAAAUCUGAUUGGAUAGUACUUGUAUACUCCAUUUUGUUUGUCUUAAGAGGGUAACAGAAACUGUCUUUUCCUCCCUUGACUUUCUUUCAGUAGAUGCCUCUAUUACUGCUAAACUUCUUAAAGUAACAAUUCAAGGCCAAUUCAAGGAUUAUAGCUUUUCAGCGUGUCAAAUAUUAUGAUAUUGUCCACAGGGACGUGAGCCAUCUGCCAAGGGUGUAACUUGCAGUGUGGUUUACUUAGUGUAAACUAUUUCCUAUUCUAGAAGUUUGAUGACUUCUUGCUAUCCUGUACCACUAGUAGUUUUUUGUAGACAUACCUGAACUGAAAUCCAGCUUGUGCUUUCCAUUAUGUUUUUCAAUGAAUGCUUGCAAUAAUUUUGUUGCACAGCUGCACUACAUCUUUUUCAUACUUAUGCCAUGCUAGGCUAUUUGGUUUCGUUUUUAUCAUGUUUGUCAAAGAUAGGAAGAGUGGCGAAUACUGUGUACCCCUAAAAUUAUGUAGGAAUACUUAAGAAAAUGCCCAACACAUGUACAACUUGCAGCUUAAAGUGAUAAUUAAAUCUAUUUUUUUCCAAGCACCCAUACAUAAAUCUGAAUCUUGGUAAAAUAAAUUCUGAUGCAACUAAUGAUAGUAAAAAAAUGAAACCAAUGAAUGUGAACUCCCAGAGUCACCUUGCUGAUAUUUAUAAAUAAAUUAUUGCAUUAAAUACCAAAGCACCUUGGCAAACAUUUGGGGUUGUGCAACUUGAGUUUGCAGUGCUGACUAAAUAUAUUUCUAAUCUGUGUUAAAAUGCUUCUGUCCCCUGCUACUGUCAUAUGUCAAUGUAUGAAAGUAUUGAGUGCAUUUUUAAAAUCUAAUUGAAUUGAAUCUUGCACAAUCCAACAAUCUUUCAGAGCUGCACACUAUUUUAUAUCCUCAAGGAAAUCUAUUGCUUGUUCAUGCUAAUGGUUAAAUUGGAAGCACCUGUGGAAGAUUAAAGAGUGAUCUGAAACUUUUUAGAAUUUUGAUCACAUUGUAACACAGGAAUUCUAUAAUGAAAAGGAAAUUGAUAGUAACACCAGAUGUUAGAUUUCAUAGGUUGAAAUGUGCUUAUUUUCAAAUAAUUUUUCUUCCUUUGGUUUUGUAGCUGUAAUCCACAGUUGUGCCUUGUCAGAUCUAUUGUAUUCCUCAACAGUCCAUGAAUAAAAUCCUUCAACCUA